AUGGAAGCCUCUAGGGCUAGUUGUGUUGCACUGAGUGUUGUUUUGGUUAGCAUAGUAAUCGCAUGGGCAUGGAGGGUGCUGAAUUGGGUGUGGUUGAGGCCAAAUAAAUUAGAAAGAUGCUUGAGAGAGAAAGGCCUCACAGGCAAUUCUUACAGGCUUUUGUUUGGAGACACCAAGGAGAUCUCAAUGAUGGUGGAACGAGCACAAUCCAAACCCAUCAAACUCUCCACUACCCAUGAUAUAGCGCCACGUGUCAUCCCAUUUUCCCAUCAAAUUGUGAACACAUAUGGUAGGAAUUCUUUUGUUUGGAUGGGUCCCACACCAAGGGUGACCAUCAUGAAUCCAGAAGAUUUGAAAGAUGCCUUCAACAAAUCAGAUGAAUUUCAGAGGGCCAUAUCAAACCCUAUUGUCAAGUCGAUAUCACAAGGCCUUUCAAGCCUUGAAGGUGAGAAAUGGGCUAAACACAGAAAGAUUAUCAAUCCAGCAUUCCAUUUAGAGAAGCUAAAGGGUAUGUUACCAACAUUUUACCAAAGUUGUAGCGAGAUGAUUGACAAGUGGGAGAGCUUGGUGUUCAAAGAGGGUUCAUGUGAGCUGGAUGUGUGGCCUUAUCUUGAAAAUUUAACCAGCGACGUGAUUUCUCGAGCUGCAUUUGGAAGUAGCUACGAAGAGGGAAGGAAAAUAUUUCAACUACUCAGAGAGGAAGCAAAAUUUUAUACAAUCGCCGCACGAAGUGUUUACAUUCCAGGGUGGAGGUUUCUACCAACCAAGCAGAACAAGAGGAUGAAGGAAAUUCACAAGGAAGUCAGAGGCUUACUGAAGGGUAUUAUAAAUAAAAGAGAGGACGCGAUUAAGGCAGGUGAAGCCGCUAAAGGUGACUUAUUAGGUAUACUUAUGGAGUCCAACUUCAGGGAAAUUCAGGAACAUGGGAACAACAAAAGCGCUGGAAUGAGUAUUGAAGAUGUAAUUGGAGAGUGUAAGUUGUUUUACUUUGCUGGGCAAGAGACCACUUCUGUGCUGCUUGUUUGGACAUUGGUUUUACUAAGCCAAAAUCAGGAUUGGCAAGCUCGUGCAAGAGAAGAGGUCUUGCAAGUUUUCGGAACCAACAUCCCAACCUAUGAUCAGCUCAGUCACCUAAAAGUUGUGACCAUGAUUUUACUUGAAGUUCUUCGAUUAUACCCAGCAGUUGUUGAGCUCCCACGAACUACUUACAAGAAAACACAGCUUGAAAAGUUCUCAUUGCCGGCCGGAGUCGAAGUCUCCUUACACAUAAUGCUUGCUCACCAUGAUAAAGAAUUGUGGGGUGAGGAUGCAAAGGAGUUUAAGCCAGAGAGGUUUUCAGAAGGAGUUUCAAAGGCAACAAAGAACCAGUUUACAUACUUCCCUUUCGGAGCUGGUCCACGGAUUUGCAUUGGGCAGAACUUUGCUAUGCUGGAAGCUAAAUUGGCCCUGUCAUUGAUUCUACAACACUUUACCUUUGAGCUCUCUCCAUCCUAUGCUCAUGCUCCGUCCGUAACUAUAACCCUUCAUCCACAAUUUGGUGCUCAUUUCAUUUUACACAAACGUUGA